UGAUUUUUGAUUCAUAACAUACCUGUUAAACAUCAAGUGUUGUGUUUUUAAAGUCUGAUUCACUGGCAGGUGGUAUUCUGUUGCUGAGUGGGCGGAGAGAAAGCUUGCCAGAAGGGGGAGGCCCUUUAAAAGUUGUUAUAAACUGUGCUGGAUGUGGAAUCAUGUUCAGUCAACAGCCAUCUGUAAUCUUUGCUUUCGCUUCUCUACGAUUUCACAGCAACAGAUAUGGCGCAGAAUGGAAGUAUAGAGAAUGGGCUCUCUCGAAAUGAGGAAACCCCUCCGGCUCUGCCUCAACCUGUGAAAAACCCUGACAUCAAACACACGAAGAUUUUUAUCAAUAAUGAAUGGCACACCUCAGUCAAAGGAAAGACGUUUCCCACGUUCAACCCGGCAACAGGUGUCAAAAUCUGUGACAUUGAGGAGGCUGAUCAAGCUGAUGUUGAUAAGGCGGUGGAAGCUGCGGCAGCAGCGAGGCGGAGAGGCUCGGCGUGGCGGCAGAUGGACGCGUCCCGUCGAGGUGCGUUGCUCCACAGACUAGCGGAUCUGCUAGAGAGAGAGCGAUGUCUGCUCGCUACUCUGGAGUCGAUGGACACUGGCAAACCCUUUCUGCACGCUUUUUUCGUUGAUCUGGAUGGCAGCGUUAAAACUCUGAGAUAUUACGCUGGCUGGACAGACAAAAUUCAUGGGAAAACAAUGCCAGUCGAUGAAAACUUUGUGUGUUUCACCAAACACGAGCCCAUCGGUGUGUGCGGUGCCAUUAUUCCGUGGAAUCUCCCUCUGCUGAUGUUUAUAUGGAAGAUAGCACCAGCUCUGGCCUGUGGAAACACGGUGGUCAUCAAACCUGCCGAGCAGACCCCGCUGACAGCUCUCCACGUUGGAGCGCUCAUAAAGGAGGCUGGUUUUCCACCUGGAGUUGUGAAUAUCGUACCUGGAUUUGGACCGACUGCUGGGGCGGCGGUCGCUAGUCAUAUGAACGUUGAUAAAGUGGCUUUCACCGGCUCGACAGAGGUGGGUCAGCUGAUCAAAGAAGCGGCGGGCAGGAGUAACCUGAAGAGAGUCACUCUGGAGCUCGGGGGGAAGAACCCCUGCAUUGUGUUCGCUGACUCAGACCUGCAGUUGGCGGUUGAGGAGAUUCAGAAAGGCGCAUUCUUUAACCAGGGCCAGGCAUGCACAGCUGCGUCACGUGUGUACGUGCAGGAGCAGGUUUAUGACGAGUUUGUGCGUCUCAGUGUGGAAAGAGCGAAGAACAUAGUGCUCGGAGACCCCAUGGAUCCACGUACCUCACACGGGCCACAGAUCGACCAGCGGCAGUUUGAGAAGAUUCUGGAGCUGGUGAACAGUGGGAAAAAGGAGGGAGCGAAGCUGGAGAUUGGUGGAUGUGCGCUAAAGGACAGAGGUCUGUUCAUACAGCCCACCGUCUUCUCUGAUGUCAAAGAUCACAUGCGCAUUGCCAAAGAAGAGAUCUUCGGGCCAGUUCAGUGCAUCAUGAAGUUUAAGACUCAGGAGGAGGCGAUUGACAGGGCCAACAGCUCAGAGUAUGGACUGACGGCAGCCGUCUUCACACGUAACAUAGAUCAAGCCCUGAGCGUCUCUGCGGCCCUCCAGUCUGGAACUGUCUGGGUGAACUGCUAUAAUGCUUUACACGCUCAAGCUCCAUUCGGAGGUUACAAGAUGUCAGGAAAUGGACGAGAGCUGGGGGAAUACGCGUUGGCAGAAUACACUGAGGUCAAAGCCAUCACUAUUAAACUCACAGAGCAGCUGAGACUGAUCUGAGAGCAGACGAGCUGCCUUCAUUCACAACGGCAUCUGUCAAUCAAGUGAUGGCCAAAAGGAUUUCUCUGUUUCUCUUAACCCAUCUUGUACCAGUCUGGGUUUAUUUUAUGCAGAUGGUCUGUACAGAUGAAAAAAAAGAUUUGUAUUUAAUUUGGAUGGGUUGAUAUCAAGCAAAUUCAUCCAUCAUCUUUCAAUAUUUACUAAUAUAUACAUAUAUAUAUAUAAAUACUCCUGUUUUUCCAAGCUCAUACAUAUUUUAAUACUGUAGAUUCACAAUGUUUUAGAAAGAGCUGAGCACAUUCAUAAGGCUUUUAGUGGUUAAAAAAUGAUUUCCUGUCGUGGCAGCUAAAAAACAUGACCAAGGAUAGUCUGUGUUAGUAUUUGUAAAAUAAACGUUGUGUUUCUUAUCGACUCAUUUAAACACCAUGUCUCACAAUGAAUCUCUUCAUAACCUCUUCAAACCAAGUGUAUAAACGUCUUAUUCUGUGCCUUACACAGUAUGUUGUCCCAGGAAGAAAUUAAAAUAAAAAAUCUUUGGAUGGGAGAAAUAAACGAUGACCGGUAGGGCAACAUUAAACGCACACAGAACUUUGCGGUUUUCGUUUUUUUAUGUCCCAUGUUUAAAUAUCAUGUGUUGACAUCGAGCAGAUUACAGAAGGUAACAAUCCGAAUGAAAUUAAAAUCGAAUUGGCCAUUUUAUUCAGUUAUUUAUUGGGAUUGGAUUUGCAAACCAAUUACGAUCAGAUUACAGUGGUCCAAGGAAACGUUGUGAGCUCAGAUUGAAGAGUCGUGCAGUUCCUCUGAUGACCAAAAGGGGGAAGCAGAACUAAGACAAAGCCCAAACCAA